CUUCCUACGGUGUUCGCUCCCUGGCUCUCCUUUUCGCUGCCUGACUGCCGCCAUCAUGGGUCGCAUGCAUGCUCCCGGGAAGGGCCUGUCCCAGUCGGCUCUGCCGUACCGCCGCAGCGUGCCCACCUGGCUGAAGUUGACGUCUGACGACGUGAAGGAGCAGAUCUACAAACUGGCCAAGAAGGGCCUGACUCCCUCCCAGAUCGGUGUGAUCCUGAGAGACUCACAUGGUGUUGCACAAGUGCGUUUUGUAACAGGCAAUAAAAUCUUGAGAAUUCUUAAGUCCAAAGGACUUGCUCCUGAUCUUCCUGAGGACCUCUACCAUUUAAUUAAGAAAGCUGUUGCUGUUCGGAAGCAUCUUGAGAGGAACAGAAAGGAUAAAGAUGCUAAAUUCCGUCUGAUUCUGAUUGAGAGUCGUAUUCACCGGUUGGCUCGAUAUUAUAAGACCAAACGAGUUCUUCCCCCCAAUUGGAAAUAUGAGUCAUCCACAGCCUCCGCCCUGGUUGCAUAAAUUUGUCUAUGUACUCACGCAAUAAAAUCAUUGUUUAACUAGAAA